AUGGGUGAGACUGACAGGAAAGAGGCAGCUGUGGAAAAGCAGGAGCUUGAUUCAAAGCCUGAAGCCGUUCAAUCACCCGAAAAGAAGAGGCCGAUUGACGAAGAAGAAAAAGAUGAUGUGAAGAGAGCAAAGAGUCUGAAGAAAAACGAAGAGACGCAGGAAGAGAAAACGCAGGAAGAUGACGCAAAACAGGAAGAGGUUGCCGCAAACGAUACAGAGAAAGAGGAAAGUAGUGUUCCUCGUGAGACAGACAAAAAUUCUGAUGUGGUAGACGAAAAGAAAGAGAAACUAGAGUCGAAGUUUGUAUUUGGUGCCCGGACAACGUUUGGACAAGCCAGUGGGUUCUCUAUGUUGUCGAAAAAGAACGUUUUCGAAAAGCAAGACGAUAAAGACAAGGACAAGACAGAGGAAAAGAAAGAAGCACCAAAGAGCGUAUUUGGUAGCGGGUCAACGUUUGGAAAUGCAUUCCAACAUGCAAUUGGCAAAAAAAUCAAUAUUUGA